GGCUGGCGGGAGAGGACUCUGCGCGCGCACCAGGCGAAGCCGCACGAGGCAGAUUGCAGCCGCCAACACCCGAGAUCCCCGAAGCCGCCCGCCAGCUCACCCGCCGCCAUGUCUUGGGACGAUUACAUCAAGAAUCUGUUGUGCCCAGAAGUGCAGGACGCCUGCAUCUGCGGCAUCAGCCCGCCCUCCGUGUGGGCCGCGAAGCCCGGCGGCAACCUGGGCAAGAUCACGGCAGCGGAGAUCACCGCUUUGGCUGCUGACGAUCGCUCUUGUUUCUUCCUAAACGGUCUGACGCUCGGGGGCAUAAGGUGCAGCGUGAUCCGAGACAACCUCCUCGACUCCCACACGUUGGAUGUAAGGACGAAGGUGGCAGAAGGGCCGACACACACCAUAACUGUUGCCAAAACGAGUAAAGCUUUUGUGAUUGUGAUGGGAGGAGACAACAUCCACGGCGGGGUGGUCAAUGCUAAAGCGCACACCAUGGCGAAGUACCUGCGAGAACAGAACAUGUGAAGCCUCCAUUACUACUGAUCAGCUGCCAACAUCGGACCAACCAAUGAUGUCUCCGCCCCUUGUCCCGCCCCUUUUUGUUUUUUUAGCACUCGGUUUUGCCCUCAGUCAUCACAAUGAAUUGUUUUUUGUUUUUUUUUCCAGGAAAGAAAGUAAAAUUUAUAUCUGAUUUAAGAAUAAAAAAAAGAAAAUGC